AUGGCUGCCACACCCAAGAAAUAUGGAAUGGUCCUUUAUGAAGGCUUUCAGUUGCUUGAUGUAGCAGGCCCUCUUGACGUCCUAAAUCUUCUUUCAACUCAUGUUGAUGGUAUCUCACUGUCUCUUGUUGCCGAGACUCUACAGCCUCAAGCAACUUCUCCUAAAUGUUUCCCAGAAAACAUGGGAAUGAAGCCAUUUGCGACUUCUCAGGUUCUCAUACCUGAUCACACCUUUGAGACCGCUCCGCAGUUUGACGUGCUUAUUAUUCCGGGCGGGAUGGGCUGCUUCGACCCAAAUGACGCCGGCAAGCCCAACCUAACGAUUCUCAACCCGGUGAUUCAAUUCAUCCUCGGGCAAUACCCUAAGCUCCAGUAUCUGCUUACUGUCUGCACUGGCUCUGGAAUCACCUCUUUGACUGGUUUACUGGAUGGCAAGAAGGCAACUGGGUACAAGGGAGCCUGGAAGGUUAUUCCGCCGUGGCGCCCCCAAGUUACUUGGGUGCCGAGCGCUCGAUGGGUCGUGGAUGGGAACAUUUGGACUUCUUCUGGAGUAUCCUCGGGCAUUGAUCUUGUGUUUGCCUUUGUUGAAGCGAUUUAUGGUGGCAAAAUUGCACAGGACAUUGCCGUAUGGAUGGAAUAUAAUCGGCAUCUCGACCCAAAUGUUGAUCCUUUUGGUAUCCAGGAAAACUAG